AUGGCCAGGUGGAGGUCUUCCAUUAAAGUCCAGGUGGAGGUCUUCCAUUAUGGCCAGGUGGAGGUCUUCCAUUAUGGCCAGGUGGAGGUCUUCCAUUAUGGCCAGGUGGAGGUAACCACCUCUCACCUGUUCCGUGCCGCUGGUGCUCCUCUGGCAGUGUUCCGUGCCGCUGGUGCUCCUCUGGCAGUGUUCCGUGCCGCUGGUGCUCCUCUGGCAGUGUUCCGUGCCGCUGGUGCUCCUCUGGGAGUGUUCCGUGCCGCUGGUGCUCCUCUGGCAGUGUUCCGUGCCACUGGUGCCCCUCUGGCAGUGUUCCGUGCCGCUGGUGCUCCUCUGGCAGUGUUCCGUGCCACUGGUGCCCCUCUGGCAGUGUUCCGUGCCGCUGGUGCUCCUCUGGGAGUGUUCCGUGCCGCUGGUGCUCCUCUGGGAGAGUUCCGUGCCGCUGGUGCUCCUCUGGGAGAGUUCCGUGCCGCUGGUGCUCCUCUGGGAGAGUUCCGUGCCUCUGGUGCUCCUCUGGGAGAGUUCCGUGCCGCUGGUGCUCCUCUGGGAGAGUUCCGUGCCGCUGGUGCUCCUCUGAGAGAGUUCCGUGCCGCUGGUGCUCCUCUGGGAGAGUUCCGUGCCACUGGUGCUCCUCUGGCAGUGUUCCGUGCCACUGGUGCUCCUCUGGCAGUGUUCCGUGCCGCUGGUGCUCCUCUGGGAGUGUUCCGUGCCGCUGGUGCUCCUCUGGGAGUGUUCCGUGCCGCUGGUGCUCCUCUGGCAGUGUUCCGUGCCGCUGGUGCUCCUCUGGCAGUGUUCCGUGCCACUGGUGCUCCUCUGGCAGUGUUCCGUGCCACUGGUGCUCCUCUGGCAGUGUUCCGUGCCACUGGUGCUCCUCUGGCAGUGUUCCGUGCCGCUGGUGCUCCUCUGGCAGUGUUCCGUGCCGCUGGUGCUCCUCUGGCAGUGCUCCGUGCCGCUGGUGCUCCUCUGGCAGUGUUCCGUGCCGCUGGUGCUCCUCUGGGAGUGUUCCGUGCCACUGGUGCUCCUCUGGCAGUGUUCCGUGCCACUGGUGCUCCUCUGGGAGUGUUCCGUGCCACUGGUGCUCCUCUGGCAGUGUUCCGUGCCACUGGUGCUCCUCUGGCAGUGUUCCGUGCCGCUGGUGCUCCUCUGGCAGUGUUCUGUGCCGCUGGUGCUCCUCUGGCAGUGUUCCGUGCCACUGGUGCCCCUCUGGCAGUGUUCCGUGCCGCUGGUGCUCCUCUGGGAGUGUUCCGUGCCGCUGGUGCUCCUCUGGGAGAGUUCCGUGCCGCUGGUGCUCCUCUGGGAGAGUUCCGUGCCGCUGGUGCUCCUCUGGGAGAGUUCCGUGCCGCUGGUGCUCCUCUGGGAGAGUUCCGUGCCGCUGGUGCUCCUCUGGGAGAGUUCCGUGCCGCUGGUGCUCCUCUGAGAGAGUUCCGUGCCGCUGGUGCUCCUCUGGGAGAGUUCCGUGCCACUGGUGCUCCUCUGGCAGUGUUCCGUGCCACUGGUGCUCCUCUGGCAGUGUUCCAUGCCGCUGGUGCUCCUCUGGGAGUGUUCCGUGCCGCUGGUGCUCCUCUGGGAGUGUUCCGUGCCGCUGGUGCUCCUCUGGCAGUGUUCCGUGCCGCUGGUGCUCCUCUGGCAGUGUUCCGUGCCACUGGUGCUCCUCUGGCAGUGUUCCGUGCCACUGGUGCUCCUCUGGCAGUGUUCCGUGCCACUGGUGCUCCUCUGGCAGUGUUCCGUGCCACUGGUGCUCCUCUGGCAGUGUUCCGUGCCGCUGGUGCUCCUCUGGCAGUGUUCCGUGCCGCUGGUGCUCCUCUGGCAGUGCUCCGUGCCGCUGGUGCUCCUCUGGCAGUGUUCCGUGCCGCUGGUGCUCCUCUGGGAGUGUUCCGUGCCACUGGUGCUCCUCUGGCAGUGUUCCGUGCCACUGGUGCUCCUCUGGGAGUGUUCCGUGCCACUGGUGCUCCUCUGGCAGUGUUCCGUGCCGCUGGUGCUCCUCUGGCAGUGUUCCGUGCCGCUGGUGCUCCUCUGGGAGUGUUCCGUGCCGCUGGUGCUCCUCUGGCAGUGUUCCGUGCCACUGGUGCCCCUCUGGCAGUGUUCCGUGCCGCUGGUGCCCCUCUGGCAGUGUUCCGUGCCACUGGUGCCCCUCUGGCAGUGUUCCGUGCCGCUGGUGCUCCUCUGGGAGUGUUCCGUGCCGCUGGUGCUCCUCUGGGAGAGUUCCGUGCCGCUGGUGCUCCUCUGGGAGAGUUCCGUGCCGCUGGUGCUCCUCUGGGAGAGUUCCGUGCCGCUGGUGCUCCUCUGGGAGAGUUCCGUGCCGCUGGUGCUCCUCUGGGAGAGUUCCGUGCCGCUGGUGCUCCUCUGAGAGAGUUCCGUGCCGCUGGUGCUCCUCUGGGAGAGUUCCGUGCCACUGGUGCUCCUCUGGCAGUGUUCCGUGCCACUGGUGCUCCUCUGGCAGUGUUCCGUGCCGCUGGUGCUCCUCUGGCAGUGUUCCGUGCCGCUGGUGCUCCUCUGGGAGUGUUCCGUGCCACUGGUGCUCCUCUGGCAGUGUUCCGUGCCACUGGUGCUCCUCUGGGAGUGUUCCGUGCCACUGGUGCUCCUCUGGCAGUGUUCCGUGCCACUGGUGCUCCUCUGGCAGUGUUCCGUGCCGCUGGUGCUCCUCUGGCAGUGUUCUGUGCCGCUGGUGCUCCUCUGGCAGUGUUCCGUGCCACUGGUGCUCCUCUGGCAGUGUUCCGUGCCACUGGUGCCCCUCUGGCAGUGUUCCGUGCCACUGGUGCUCCUGCAUUGAAUUGGUGA